CGUCUUAAAAUUAGGUUAUAAUUCGGCGAUGUGAGAGAGCGUGAAUUCGUGGAUUCGACGAUGGGGCAGCUCAAUCCAAACAAGCAUUUGAAAGAAGAGUUUGUGAGCAACUUGCAAGGCUCUUCCAAGAUCGAGAUUGCGGCACUCUCGGCGCUCAUACCGGCCCUUGUUAUUCUCCGGAGCUUUGCAAUCUUGCCACAAAAGGGUUUUUGGACAUGCCUCGCUUUGGAUUUUACUUUCAUUGUUCUUCCUACCGUCUUGAGCCUCACGGUGCUUGCGGACAAAGUUUAUGGAAUCGCGCUUCUCGUUUCCAUUCUCUUGGGAAUGAGUAGUUUCCUGCCAUUUCUGGAGCGAGAAAAACUAAAGUCCUCUUCUAUUCCAUUCAAAAGGCCGUUCUUGACAUACUAUAGAUUUGUUAUGAUGCUGGUUACUUGCGUUACAAUCCUGGCUGUGGACUUCACUGCUUUUCCUCGCAGAUAUGCCAAGACCGAGACUUAUGGCACUGGCUUGAUGGAUCUAGGCGUUGGAUCGUUUGUUGCUGCGAAUGCUAUAGUCUCCAGACAAGCAAGAAGUCGAGAACUUCUAAGGACUAGAACCGUGGACAUUCUUAAAAGCGUGAGUCCAUUGCUGGCUCUGGGUUUUGUGAGACUUAUAGCGACGAAAGGAGCAGAUUAUCAGGUUCACGUAGGGGAAUAUGGCGUACACUGGAACUUUUUCUUCACUUUGGCGGCUGUUUCUCUUCUUACUUCAGUAAUUCGCAUGCCUGUUUCGUAUUGUGGAUAUCUUGGACUUGGCAUACUGUCAGGUUGGUCGCUAGUUUUGGUGGAAUGUGUCGUUUGUUUUAACACUCUUAUGUCAGUGCAUCAGUUCACCCUUCUCUGCGGUUUAAAAGAUUACAUUCUUUCCCCGCACAGGAGUUCCGGACUUGUUGAUUUGAACAAAGAAGGCAUUUUCAGCAUCUUUGGAUACUGGAGCUUGUACUUCCUGUCUGUCCAUCUUGGACAACACAUAUUUUUCAAUCCGGGAGGCUUCUUGAAAUGGAUCGCUUCGUCCUCAAAUGAAAACAGCCACUGGCUAAGCAUAGCGGAGCUUUGGCUUCUUGAUGGGGCUCUGUGGCUUUUGGUUGUGGUGCUUGACUCAAUCGUAGAGAACGUUUCACGCCGCACGUGUAACAUGGCGUACGUGAUGUUUGUCCUCGCCCAAAACUUAGAGGUUAUGGCCAUCUUUGCCUCGGCAGAAGCGUUUCUCUCAUCAAAACUCGUCCUUGUAGAGGCCGUCGACGACAAUAUGUUAUUGACAUUCUUAGUGGCAAACGUACUCACUGGUCUGGUGAACCUGUCCAUGGACACGAUAUUUGUUCUUCCAGGCCUUUCGGUUGUCAUCGUGGUUGGCUACAUGGCACUUCUUGUUGCCAUAGUCGCUAUGUUCAAAGUCUACAAAAUUCGAGCGAAGUUUUGGUAGUACAAGCAAAUUUCAGCUGAGGUCAAGGUGACAAACGAUUAUCCGGUGGAGCAACCAGCUUUCCUGCCGCAUCACAGACUUUUGACACGCUCUGCAGCUUACAUGUAACCAAGUAAAGACAUCCAGGUUUCGGAAGAAGGCUCUCCAGGCGUGCUUCACAGCGCCAUCCUGCUCUUCCGAGCAGAUCAACCAUUUGCGUGAAGAACAUCAACCACGACAUGGCCGCUCUGGUUUGUGAUGCCAUUGCGAGAGAUCUGAUAUAGCAGUUAAAUUAAUGUUUUCUAGUUGGCAGCGA